GCUUACUGUCGGGCAGCGUGGCGAGCACAGGGAGUAGUUCGAAGGUCUCAUUCAUUUCGACAAAAUUGCCAGGAAAAACACAAAUACAAGAAAAUGCCUUGUCGAAAAGAAAAUUACAUCCUUUUGGAGCAGUCUGUUACCGUCGAUUCUAAAGAAGUGGAUGCUUUGGUCACAAAAAUUGGCGAAGCAUUACAGCUUCACAACAACAGUGCUAAUCAGAAGACGAUGUCAUGUCUCCACGGUCUCAACGGCAGUAGCAACGUCAAACAGCCGAACAACAACAAUGGUGCGCCGAUCCUUCAAAAACGCACCGGUUGCUGCAUGCGGCUUCGAAAACGAGGGCAACGUAGCAGCCGGGCCAGUCCCUACAACAUCCCAGGGUCAAGUGACCAAGAGUGGGACCAUUUCAAACCGUGGAACAGAAAGAGAGUCAAUGUCGAAGAGAACGACCCACAUCAAUUACUUCAGGAAUUAAUAUUGUCUGGGAAUUUAAUCAAAGAAGCCGUGAGGCGACUGCAGUUUUCUACUACCGAAUGUGGGGACCAUUCGAAAAUGACAGAGACUCUGCAGUGCUAAAACUGUUACCACGAUUAGUAGUCAGUAUGGACAACCGGCUGUUCUGUAGCGGGGACAGAACCACCCACUGGCAACUGUUAUAAAUGUUAAUACUUAUGAAAUAUAAUUAGGAUAGCUAGCUUUUCUAAUUUCUGUACAUCUUUGUUUAGCUGGCUUGCUAGCUAGUAAACAUUUCCCAUAAGGUUUCAGUCUAGUUGACCGUAUGUUUAUGUUUGAACGUCUGAUUGAACAUUGUUUUUGCUCAUGAGAUGGGCUAGUGCUCCCCUUUCAUUUGACUAUUUACUACCCCAUGCCAUGGCUAUGCCUGUGAGUGCAUAAUUGCUAUCUGUCAAGAUAUUUUAACCUUGUUUACUAUCUAGACGCUAAGAUUGGUUUGGUACAUUGGACAUAAGCUAGCUACAACUGUAGUCUACAUGUCGUGAUGGAUUUUCAAAUUUCUCUGGCCUCACACUGUGACAGCGUCUACGGCAGCUGACAUUUUCUUCAAAAGGAACUGGAUAAACAUUGUGUACCGAACUGCAUCGAGAGCCACGUUGUUCACAUGAACUAUCUUGGGUGUUUUGAAACGGACUAGUUUAUGUUUAUAAUGGGGGGAUGGUCAGCCACACUUGAGACACUUUGUGGUGCUUUACCUAUGAAUUCCGACGGGGAGUUCUGUUAAUUAUUUUCAUUUUUCCACUGUGUAAAGUAAUUUACCAUGACCACUUCGUAACGAAGUAUUUAAUAUUGUGCCUGAGUAUUCAGGACUUUUGGUGUCUUAAUAAACACGGUGUUUUUUUCAA